UAGAAAUAAAAUAAACCACCACCUCAGAAACUAAAACUAAAAUUUGUUUCACAAACGUUGUCAUCUCCGAACAAUAUAUAUGCAUAUCUUCAUCCUCCCAAUUCCCUCAUCCCAGAGUUCAAGGGGAGUGUCCCAAUAAUCUACAGCCCAACCCCUCCGAGCUCUGUCAUUAAUUAAAUAAAUAAUAAUAAAUAAAUAAUGGGGGACGAUUCGAAGAAGAAGAAGAUGGCCGUCGCCGGGCUAUGCUCGAUCCUCCUAGUAGCGAUGGUGGUCGCCGUCGCAGUCGGCAUCCCCAAGAAAAACGGCGACGAAACCGACGACGCGCCGACCAACGGCGGCGGCGGCGUAAGCGCCACCACGAAGGCGGUGCAAGCCAUCUGCUCUCCAACGGACUACAAGCAAACGUGCACCGAGAGUCUCUCCGGCGCGAACUCCACCGACCCUAAGGAGCUAAUCAAGGUUGCAUUCGAGUACACGGUGAAGAACAUCAAAGAAUCCAUCAAGAACUCGACGUUGUACAAAGACGCUGCGGCCGAUGAGCGGACAAAGGGGGCGCUGGACGUUUGCAGCGAGGUGCUUAACACCUCCAUCGAAGACCUCGAAAGAUCGUUUGAGAAGAUCGGAGAAUUCGAUAUGAGCAAAGUUGAUGAUCUUGUCGAUGAUGUUAAGACUUGGCUUAGCGGCGCCAUCACUUACCAAGAAACUUGCCUCGACGCCUUUGAGAACACCACUGGUGACACUGGGGAGAAGAUGAAGAAUCUUCUGCAAACUUCCGGCGAGUUAUUAAGCAACGGUCUAGCAAUGGUGACAGAUUUCUCCUCAAUUCUUUCAUCAUUGGGCGGUUUCAGCAGCCGGCGAUUACUUUCCGACGAAGGUAGGUCUUUGUACCACCUGGACCCCACCGACUACGCGCCGGGAGAAGACCCUAAAAUGGGUUUCGAGGGCACCCCAUCUUUCGUCGAUUCCAAGGCAAGAAAGCUCUUGGCCGCAACUCCGGCGACUCUGAAGCCCAACGCCGUCGUGGCUAAGGACGGCAGCGGCCAGUACGGCACCAUCGCCGCCGCACUCAAAACCCUCCCCAAGAAGACGAAUCAGACCUUUGUUAUCUACGUGAAGGCCGGUGUUUACAAGGAGACCGUGAUUAUUCCGAGGCACGUGAAUAAUAUUGUUUUGAUCGGAGAUGGGCCGGAGAAGACGAGAAUCAUCGGAAACAAGAACUACGCCGACGGGGUUCAGACGUUCCACACCGCCGUUCUCGCCGUGAACGGAGAUGGGUUCCUGGCGAAGGACAUCGGAAUCGAGAACACCGCCGGAGCGGCGAAGCACCAGGCGGUGGCGGUGCGGGUCUCCGGCGACAACGCGAUCUUCUACAACGUCCACAUGGACGGGUACCAGGACACGCUGUACGCGCACGCGUACCGGCAGUUCUACCGGGACUGCCAGAUCACCGGCACCAUCGACUUCAUCUUCGGCGACGCCGUCGCCAUCUUCCAGAAGUGCCGCCUGGUGGUGCGGCAGCCGAUGGACGACCAGGCGUGCAUGGUGACCGCGCAGGGAAGGAAGGACCAGCGCAGCGUCGGGGUGACCGUGCUCCAGGGCUGCGACAUAGUGGCCGACCCGGCGUUCCUCGCCGUGAAGCCGCCGCUGGACGCCUACCUCGGCCGGCCGUGGAAGGAAUAUUCCAGGACGAUCGUGAUGCAGUCGAACAUCGACGGGUUCAUUGCGCCGGAGGGGUGGUCGCCGUGGAUGGGGAACUACGCGCUCAGCACGCUGUACUAUGGGGAGUACCAGAACCGUGGAGCCGGGUCGGGUCUUUCGGGGCGGGUCACGUGGAAGGGUAUCAAGAAGAUUACUCCGGCGAUUGCUCAGAGCUUUACUCCGGGGGUUGUUUAUAAGAAUGACACGUGGGUUUCCACCUCUGGUAUUCCUUAUGUUAGUGGCAUGUUGCAGCUCUAAAAAUAUUAGUUAAUUAAUUUAAUUAAUUAAUUAAUUAAUUGUCAAGAAAAUAUUGCAUUUGUGGUACUAUUGUUUGUUGAAUUUGUAAGGAUUCCGUGUGGUUUGUUUAAUAUAAUGGACAUGUGAAUUCAA